AUGAGAACUUCGGGGUUACCGUCUUACACGGCGGCCACGACAAGAUUCGAACCAUGGAGUAUCGUCGCUCCGUAUGUGCCAGCUGCCAGCUACGCGUCCCUGUGUCUCACUUCGCGUACCCUACAUGCCCACUUUGCGCCUCGUCUAUGGAACGAUCCCCUGCGCAUGGUGCAGCUGCUACGGCUUGAUCGCAAUGAAGAACUCGGCUGGUAUCUUUGUCGUUUCAUUGGAGGGUCUGUCAAGGUUGCUAGAGAGUCGACCCGUGCUCUAGUAUUGGUCCUUGACUUUAGGAACUUUGCCACAUUCACGGCACACUUUCCAUCCCCGACUGUCGAAGAGGCCCUUGAGGACACCAUUCGUCGCCUUCCAGCCAUGUUCCCCCGGCUCCGGUGUCUCCUACUGGAUGGUCAUCCCGCCUUCGACCCUGGUUCGUUGACCAGGGCCGCAGCCGUAGCCAGGACCGCUAGGCAGCAGAAUCCAGACAUGCCAGCAUACAAGCCACUUCUUCUCAGCAUCGCGGGAUCCAAAAAUGAGUUGUCAGUUUCCUACUUUGCAUCGGAGUACACACGAAAUCUGGUCUACCUUGAUAUUUCACGAGUACCUGGCUCGCUGCGAACCCCAGUGGCCACCGGAACUUUUGGACCUCGUACCCUGCCAUGCUUGCGUGUACUCAAGGCUCGUGGCAGAGAGCUGGGUGAUACCGGAGUAAAGGCCCUAUGCACUGCAUUCGGUCGGCAGCUAUGGAGCCUUGAUGUCUCCUGCAACAAUAUCACCGAUGCGGGUCUUACCGCCAUAAUCGCCUGUUGUGUUCCCAACCUCUCACUCUGGUCUGACACGCGCUAUGAUGUUGAGGGGAAGGUUACAAUUCUGCACCUUUUAGAGGCCCAUGAAGCUAGGCCCUUCGUAACCAUCAAGGAGUCUGAUUUUAGCACCUCGUUUUGUCACCCAGAAAGGCAUUUCGCCGACUCUCCAGCUUACGAACUGUCUGAAAAUGCCGUCCAAAGACCAGAUGGACUGGCAACUCUACUGCGUGAUGGGCCAGAUGACUUGCUCCGCUUCAUUGCGGGAGGAGCCGGCGAAGAUGUCGCUCCUGAAAUGGUCGAGGAAGUCAUGGCGUCGAGACACUGCCGUGGUUUGGGCCUUACCCAUCUCGCCAUCAGAGAGAACCGUCUGACUCAGGCCGGAGUAGAAAGGAUGAUACAAAUUUGCAGAGGGAACCUUGAGUACCUUGAAUGUGAUAUGACUGUGAUGAGAACGCGCUUAAACUUGUUCUCGCCAUAUUAUCACGGCCAAUCCCGUAUCCACGGCCUCUUGGGCUCCUCAUGGCUUUUCCGACCUGUGAUAUCUUCCAGCCUGCGAAGCCUGUAUGUGCAUCAUUCAGCUGUCACGCAGGUGCCUACAAUUAUUAUGAUAGGUAACCAGGACUCGUCGCUGACAGACGCUUGGCUGGCCGAGAUGAUGAUUCUGCCCCGCGCAGAGCUCGCAUGGCCUGGCGGUGGCUUCGUACCUGAUAUGAACCCGAGAUUAACAUCUCUCACGUUGACUAACCUGCCCAGGCGCUCGGCUGGCCCCUUGGUUGAGAAGCUGAAGCAGUUCCUCAGACUUCUUUACGAGCAAGAGCAGACUAUUGGAAGCACACGUCGAGCACUCUUGAUGGAUCGUGCAUCAGCGAGGACUUCGGUUAUGCUAAAAGGCCUGAGACAUUUGAGGCUAGAGCUUGAUCAUUAUUCUGAUCAAAGUCCUGACGACGGUAAAGGCAUGACUGAUAAGCUGGAUGCCGCCACGGAUGUUUAUAUGGAUCAACCAUCCCAUGAGUUCUCUUUUUUUCAUACGUGGGGCCCAGAAACCACUCCAUCACGGCCUGGGGAAGAUCGAAUAGCAGUUGAUUAUCCUGCUCCUAAUGCUCCGGAAAGAACUCUCCCUAUCGCCCCCGCCACAGUAGACUCAGAAAAGACAGGCCAGGAGAUAGUGAACUUGUCAUUCUCUCACAACGACGCCUUCACGAUGAGUUGUCUGGCACCUUCCUCGACGCCCCAAGUUUCAGUAUGGAUCGGUCCAAAAUCAUUCUUCCAUGAGACUGGUAACGACGGUGAGCACGGCCACCAUCCGGCCAUCACCGAGUACGUACGGAACGUCAAAAGUAUGCCCUCGCUGCGCACCGACGUCGGGCCCGCAACGCCGCCGCAGGUCCGAGCCGGCGUUCCCCAUGGCGUCUGCCUGUUCCAGGCGGCAUGGGAGGCGAUUCUGCUUGCCGCACUCGAUUCAGCGCUCGCAGGCGUACAGGGCAGCGAUCGCAAUGGAAUGCAGAACCAGGCACUGGGAUUGCCGAGGCUGAGGAUGCCCACCAGCGGUGACUUUGACAACAUGGUGGACAUUGUUUCUGAGCUUAAGAGGUUCCGUGCCGCGGAGAGGGCGGAGGGGAGGCACUGGACUGGCUCGCUCGAGGUGGUACAUAUGCCUAGGGACGACGCGGCUAGAGACACAGGGUUCUGGCGCUGA